CAUUACCAUAUAGUUCUUACUUUACAUUUCAUUUCAUCAUCACGCAAAGAAUUCCACACACAUUUCAUUUCAUCUUCCCCCAUCCCCAUCGCCAUCAACACAUCUCUUUCCUCUUCCACCCAACCGUACUUCCCGCACUUUCCCAAUUUUACUCGCACACUUCAUAAGCUUCACCUUCUUCUUCUUCUUCAAUUCUAACUAUAAUAAUUCUUGUUUAUUUCCUUUUUAGUUUACUUAUACCUAAUUUGCUAUGUUCAUUUUAGUUAAUUUCCACCAUGAUUGCUUCGGUGUACACUUUCCUGAUCUUUGGGGAACAACUCAAGCUCAGUAAUUACUAAUUCGUUUUUUACUGUUGUUGAUUUUUAGAAUUAGUUCUGUUUGUAUGAAAUUGUAAUUGUAAUUGUAAUUGUGAAUUGUGAUUAUGGAAGCUUUUCAUAUGUACGGUAUGGAGGGUGGUUCCUCUGAUCUAAGGAUUACGGGGAAAAGGUCUUUAGAAUGGGAUUUGAAUGAUUGGAAAUGGGAUGGUGAUGUUUUCGUAGCUUCUAGGAGGUUAAGUCCUGUGCCUGAGCACAGGCAAUUUUUACCUCUUCCCGGUGGUGGUUCAUCUAACUCAAAUAGUUCAUCUUCUUGUUCUGAAGAUUUAGAUCUUGGGAACAAGGAAGGUGAAAGGAAAAGGAGGGUUAUUGUUGUGGAGGAUGAACUAAGUUUGAAUAAGGAAGCUGGUAGUCUUAGCUUAAAGAUUGGUGGUGGUAGUGCUCAAAUUGCUACAUGGGAAGGAAACAGUGGGAAGAAAAGUAGAGUAGCUGCUGGUGGUACUUCAAGUAGAGCAUUUUGUCAGGUCGAGGAUUGUCGUGCGGAUCUCAACAAUGCUAAAGAUUAUCACAGACGUCAUAAAGUUUGUGAGAUUCACUCAAAGGCCUGUAAAGCCCUUGUUGGAAACACCAUGCAGCGGUUCUGCCAACAAUGUAGUAGGUUUCACAUGCUUCAAGAGUUUGAUGAAGGAAAGAGAAGCUGUCGAAGACGUUUGGCAGGCCAUAAUAAAAGAAGGAGGAAAACAAAUCAGGAUGCAGUUCCUAAUGGAAGUCCCCUGAACGAUGAUCAGACUAGUAGUUAUCUGUUGAUAAGUUUAUUGAAGAUACUUUCAAAUAUGCAGCCUGACAGGACAAAUCAGACCGCAGAUCAGGAUCUGCUAACUCAUCUUUUAAGGAGUCUUGCUAAUCAGAAUGGUGAACAAGGGGCAAAGAACUUGUCUAACCUUUUACGGGAACCGGAGAAUCUGUUGAAAGAAGGGUCUUCAUCUGGGAAGUCGGAGAUGAUUUCUACUUUAUUUACUAAUUGUUCUCAAGGUUCUCCAACUGUUACAAGACAGAAUCAAACUGUUUCUAUUAGUGAAAUUCAACAUCAAGUGAUGCAUGCACAUGAUGCUAGGGCUGCUGAUCAACAAACCACAUCUUCUGCAAAGCCCAGUGUUUCAAAUAGCCCUCCAGCUUAUUCAGAAGCCAGAGACAGUACUGCUGGGCAGACCAAGAUGAAUAAUUUUGAUCUGAAUGACAUCUAUGUUGACUCAGAUGACGGCAUAGAGGACAUAGAAAGGUUUCCUGUCUCUGUAAACCUUGGCACUAGCUCUCUUGAUUACCCAUGGAUGCAACAAGAUUCACAUCAGUCAAGUCCACCUCAAACAAGUGGAAAUUCAGAUUCUGCAUCUGCCCAGUCCCCUUCUAGUUCCACUGGUGAAGCUCAGAGUCUCACGGAUCGGAUUGUUUUUAAACUCUUUGGUAAAGAACCUAGUGAUUUUCCUCUUGUACUCAGAGCACAGAUUCUUGACUGGUUAUCCCACAGUCCAACUGAUAUUGAAAGCUAUAUACGACCUGGUUGUGUCAUUUUGACUAUUUAUCUGCGUCAGGCUGAGGUUGUGUGGGAGGAGCUCAUUUGUUCUUUUUUACAGCUUUGCUUUGAUCUGACUUCCAGUUUGAAUAGGCUUCUGGAUGUCUCAGAUGACGAUUUUUGGAAAACUGGAUGGGUUCACAUAAGGGUGCAGCAUCAGAUAGCCUUCAUUUUCAAUGGCCAGGUUGUCAUCGAUACAUCCCUACCUUUCAGGAGUAACAAUUAUAGUAAGAUUUUGAGUGUAAGUCCAAUUGCUGUACCAGCAUCAAAGACAGCUCAAUUUUCUGUUAAGGGUAUCAACCUGACUCGCCCUGCCACUAGGUUAUUGUGUGCUUUAGAAGGGAAUUAUUUGGUCUGUGAAGAUACUCAUGAGUCUAUGGAUCAAUGCUCCAAGGAUCUUGAUGAGCUUCAGUGCGUCCAGUUUUCGUGUUCUGUCCCUGUGAUGAAUGGGCGGGGAUUUAUUGAGAUUGAGGACCAGGGUUUGAGCAGCAGUUUUUUUCCUUUCAUAGUCGUGGAAGAGGAUGUUUGCUCUGAAAUCUGUGUGCUUGAGCCUUUACUGGAAUCAAGCGAUACUGAUUCAGAUGUUGAAAGGGCUGGACGGAUCCAAGCAAAAAAUCAAGCCAUCGAUUUCAUUCAUGAAAUGGGCUGGCUUCUGCACAGAAGCCAAAUAAAAUCUAGGAUGGUUCACUUGAGUUCUAGUGCAGAUCUGUUUCCAUUAGAUCGAUUCAAUUGGCUGAUGGAGUUCUCUAUGGACCAUGAUUGGUGUGCAGUAGUUAAAAAACUAUUGAACCUCCUGCUUAAUGGAACAGUGAGUACAGGAGACCACGCAUCCCUGUAUCUUGCACUUUCAGAUAUGGGUCUCCUUCACAGAGCUGUGAGGAGAAACAGCAGGCAGUUGGUGGAGCUUCUUUUGAGAUAUGUUCCUCAAAAUAUUUCAGAUACACUAGGACCUGAAGACAAGGCGCUGGUUAACAGAGAGAACCAAAACUUCUUGUUUAGACCUGAUGUUGUUGGUCCUGCUGGUUUGACGCCACUCCAUAUAGCAGCCGGGAAAGAUGGUUCUGAGGAUGUACUUGAUGCUUUGACUAAUGAUCCUUGCAUGGUCGGAAUUGAAGCAUGGAAGAGUGCUCGUGACAGCACGGGGUCCACACCUGAGGAUUAUGCACGUUUACGUGGUCAUUAUACUUACAUCCACUUGCUGCAAAAGAAAAUCAACAAGAGACAAGGAGGGGCUCACGUGGUGGUUGAUAUUCCUAGCAAUCUGACAAGGUUCGUUACAAGCCAGAAUAAAGAUGAAUCGUCUACUACGUUUGAGAUUGGAAAUGCUGAAGUUAGAAAUGUCCAAAAGCAAUGCAAACUUUGCGAUCAUAAGUUGUCAUGUAGAACUGCUGUGAGGAAGUCUUUUGUAUACAGACCUGCAAUGCUGUCAAUGGUGGCCAUAGCAGCAGUCUGUGUCUGUGUGGCUCUUCUGUUCAAAAGCUCGCCCGAAGUUCUGUAUAUAUUCCGACCUUUCAGGUGGGAGUCGUUGGAGUUUGGAACAAGCUAAGAGCUGUUAACCUACAACGUAAAUUUGAUAGACAAUGUAAUAGGGUGUGUUUAUAGACUGUACGACGAGACAUUUGUGUAAUGUUUUUUACAUAUUUACUAUUGACUUGUUUCUUGUGAGAUUGCAUUUCUGGAUUUGCUUGUAUUGUCUGUCUUCCCAGACUCCAUUUGGCUAAAUCCUUGUACAAUAGCAUAAUAAUGCUUGUAUUCUGGCUGCAAUGCAGCGUUUUUCUACAAUGAGGUUAUUUAUUUUAGGCAGCUUCUACUCUGGAUCAUUUGUAUAAGUAAGUUGACUGCAAAGAUGAUCUGUGAUGUGAUA